AACCAGGUCAUGUGACUGAAAAUGUAAAAGUUGUGGCCAGUAUGCUUGUAUGUAUUAUCUUAUGAUCAAAUAGCCACUGGGGUUUUAAAGGUCACGGUUCAAUGGGUCAUAAGAGGGACAAAUGAUGACCACACCAAGACAUGAGGAUAUUUUUAGACAUCCAUAUCCGAGAAAACCAGCCCACACAUCUGAUGCUUCUGUAGGAGCUGGGAGUCAUUUCUUUGAGAAGGAAGAAGAAGAGGACCUUCUGACAGAAUCUGCCACUUUGUCAAUUGAUGUAAAUACAGAACAAACAGGCAGAACUAUAAAUACAACUUGGGUUAUCUUUAUAAACAUUAUCCUAGUGCUUGGUGUGUGGGUCUGCAUAUUCUUAUUGCCGGUGUUAUGUGAAAGUAACAAGUGUGGUACAGAACCAGUGGCCUUAAUUUUAUACAUCAUUGGUGGAGUUUGGUUUCUACAGCUACUAAUUGACAGAUAUUACAGGAAUCAACAUUACAAAAUCAGACUGUGUGGGUACCUAAGUUUUUACAGACGCACCCGUAAUAUUAGACGUAUGCCAUUAAUUAUUGCUUCAGCAGCAACUGCAUGUUUGUUAAUAACUUGUCAGAUAUUGUCCGAGAAAUGUAAAGCAGGGACGGUGAAAUGUGGACCGUUACAUAAAGAUGGUUACAUACAGAUUAUAGUCUCAAUAUCAUGUGCAAUUCAAAUCAUUUUACUUGUCAUCUAUAGUGUGAGAACAAUAAAUUUUAACAAAAGUGGGGCAUCACCAGAUGUAAACCAGGAAGAAAUGGUGACCAGUUUUUUACAAACAAAUUCAAUCACCACUGAUGUUGGAUUCAGAGAUGGUGGAUUAAUGGACCAGGUAUUGGAGCGUCAAGCUGAUAUGAUACGGUACCUAAAACAACAUAACGAGCAACUCAGCAAGAAGAUUAUUGUUCUCUCGGAGGAAAACCAGUCUCUUAAACAGAGAAGACAGUAAACAAAACGUGUAUUUCUCUCAGUCAAACGGCAGUCUAUAUUUAUUCAAUUAUAUACCAGUUCAUCUGCUGCUAAAUGAACUUUUUAUAUUACAUGGACAAAAACAAAAUAUAACGGAAAGGAAAUUCGUAUUUUAUGAGUGUGAUCCAGGAUAACGUUGCUGAUGCUAGGACAACUUUACAUAACGGCCAAAUACAUAUAUUAAAAUAAAAGUAUGAGAAGGUAUAUAAUGAAAUGGUCAUUAAAAGAUUAUCGUGAUUUAAGAUUAAGAUUUUGGCUCUCAUGGAUAUUAUUAGACAGGAUCACGCUCGGAGCUUUAUGUUUCUAAGAUCCUGGUCUAACAAAAUCCACUAGAGUCAAUUACAAGAAUAAUAUCAAGAUGAUUUUAUUAUAAUUUUUAUUACAUAGAAAUUGACAUGUAUUGAGUCAAUUAUAUGCACAAAGUAUGUGUGUUGUUUAAAUUGCACUUGCCCCUCACCGCUGUGGGUUAGAAUCCCGACAGGGAUUUUGGAUUCUUUCAUGUGAGGAAGCUAUCCAGCUAAUAUGGUACGUCGGUAGUUCUACUCAGGUGCCAGUUUGUGCCUGAAAUAAUGCACAGAAGUGCACCUGAGGUCUUCCUCCACCAGUAAAGCUGGAACGUCGUCAAAUGACCAAUACUGUGUUGGUGUGACGUAAAACCCAAACACACAAACAAAAUUGUUUAAAUUGAUGCAUCUCUGUCUCUAUAUAGAAUUUCUUUACAUUUCUGUCAGUUGUUUAUAAUGUUAAGUUUUUAUGAAAAGGGAAACUAGGAGUAAUAGGCUAUGAAAUAGUGACAGAUGGUUUCUUGUUUUACGUGGGGCUUUUUUUAGGGGCAUUAUCAAGAAUGAGUGCAAUAUUAUAUAGAAUUGUUAUCCCCCGCCCAUGGAAUCGGGAGGGGGAUAUAGUUUUGGCGUUGUCUGUCCUUCCAUCCGUCCGUCCGAAUUUCGUUUCCGGAGUAGUUCUCUGCAACUACUGGCUGGAAUUCAACGAAACUUUAUGGGAAUCAUCAAUAUCAAGAGGAGAUGCGCAUAUCGUCGGCUUGUUCUGGUCCGACCCUUUAACUCAGAGUUAUGGCCCUUGAUUAGUUAUGUAGUAUGCAUAUAGAGUAAAAAUCGUUUCCGGAGUAGUUCUCUGCAACUACUGGCUGGAAUUCAACGAAACUUUAUGGGAAUCAUCAAUAUCAAGAGGAGAUGCGCAUAUCGUCGGCUUGUUCCGGUCAGACACUUUAACUCAGAGUUAUGGCCCUUGAUUAGUUAUGUAGUAUGCAUAUAGAGUAAAAAUCGUUUCCGCACUACUUCUCUGCAACUACUGGCUGGAAUUCAACGAAACUUUAUGGGAAUCAUCAAUACCAAGAGGAGAUUGGCAUAUCGUCGGCUUGUUCCAGUCAGACACUUUAACUCAGAGUUAUGGCCCUUGAUUAGUUAUGCAGUAUGCAUAUGGAGUAAAAAUCGUUUCCGCGCUACUUCUCUGCAACUACUGGCUGGAAUUCAACGAAACUUUAUGGGAACCUUCAAUACCAAGAGGAAGUGCUCAUAUCGUUGGCUUGUUUGGGUCAGACACUUUAACUCAGAGUUAUGGCCCUUGAUUAGUUAUGCAAUAUGCAUAUGGAGUAAAAAUCGUUUCCGGAGUAGUUCUCUGCAACUACUGGCUGGAAUUCAACGAAACUUUAUGGGAAUCAUCAAUAUCAAGAGGAGAUGCGCAUAUCGUCGGUUUGUUCCGGUCAGACCCUUUAACUCAGAGUUAUGGCCCUUGAUUAGUUAUGUAGUAUGCAUAUAGAGUAAAAAUCGUUUCCGCACUACUUCUCUGUAACUACUGGCUGGAAUUCAACGAAACUUUAUGGGAACCUUCAAUACCAAGAGGAGAUGCACAUAUCGUCGGCUUGUUUCGGUCAGACACUUUAACUCAGAGUUAUGGCCCUUGAUUAAUUAUGCAGUAUUCAUAUAGAAAAAUAUUUGUUUCCUCGCUACUUCUCUGCUACUACUGGCUGGAAUUCAAUGAAACUUUAUAGGAUACUAAGAGGAGAUGUGCAUAUAGUCGCCUUGUUCCAGUCAGAUACUUAUAACUCAGAUUUUUGGCCCUUGAUUAGUUAUGUAGUAUGCAUACAUCUCAUUGGCAUUUCCAGAUUUUACUAUUUAACACAAAGUUAUGGCUCUGUUAUUGCCCUGAAUAUUUAUCAAAGUUCAAAGAAUAUUACUGUUUAUGCCAUGAUUAAUAUAUAAAUAAAGCCUUAUGUCUUCAGUUGUUGUGUUAAUAAUAACCAGUACUCGGCGGGGGAUAUAAAUUCAACGAAUUUGCUUGUUCAAUAUGUAAGUUGGGAAAAAACAGAGGAUUUGUUUCAAUUUAAGGCGCAAAUGUAAAAGAAAGACAUUGAAUGCUGAAGAUAUUUUAUUUUGUUUAUGUUUGGAUCUUAAGACACAAAUUGUUUUCUUUGUAAAUGUUUUAAAUUUCUUUUUAGUUUCUCAGAAAUAUAUUUAUUUAGUUGUACACUAUGCUACAAAGUAUGCAAGAUAAGUCUAUUUAUGCAUAAAUUAAUAUAUUCAUAUAUACAUGAUUUUAUCAGUAAUCAUUCCAUUCUUGCCUAAAUACUGUAUUUGUUAGUUUAUAAAAUGUGUAACUAUGUAAGCCUUUAACCUGCUGGAACCAAAGAAUGGUAAACCCUUUGUCACCAGUAUAGAGCCAUGCCAGCUUUCACCUCUAUGUAGUCUGACCAGGCUCUAUACUGCUAGUAGCUAAAAUUUGUGAAUCUUGAUUAUGAAAUCCCUGUAACUUUUAAUGGACUGUUCCAAGUUCUAAGCAGGGCAAAUCCAUUAUACACAUUCAAAAGGUUAAGGGUUAGAAGGAAAAUUCCAUUGAUCUUGUUGUUGUGGUUGUUAAGAUUUUCAAAAUGAAAUGGAAAAUAAAAGUUUCUUUAUCCAUAAGUGAUAUAUCUGUAAACAUUAGGAGUAAAUUGUAAUAGCCAUAGCCUUCAGAUGUGAAGCUCACCAAAUUUUAAAAUGCAAUACUUAUGUAGUCGUCUUAUUUGCAUUGUGUUUUUGUAUCAAUUUAUAUUUAUGCUAGGAAAUAGUUCAUGGUCAUUAAAUUCCUCUUAAACCAGCCGGCAUUUACCAUUUAGUGAUUUUUUUCAAUUCAUUGGGAAGAGGCCUUAGCCGCUUGAUUUUGGGAAAAAAUAUAGCUAAAAUUGUUAAUUUGGGAAGUAAAAAAGCAGGUUUAAGUUAAGAUUUUUGGGAAAACUGCAUGAUUAUAAAGAAAAUUUCAAUUGGGAAGAGGCCUUUUUUUGGAGUUUGUUAUAUAAGCAUGAAAAUCACUGCAUGGAUUAAUUCAGUAAAAAUGUAGAAAAUUGAUGACAAUUAACAAAAUUGUUACAUAAAACCAUGUGUCUUACCCAGAAGUCAAAAACCAUGUGUUGUGCCAAUUGCUCUAAAACCAUUAUUUAAAGCCAAAGCCUCUGAAGCCAUGUGUCAUGUCCAGGCCACAAUGUUACAACAAACCUUUUUUUCAGAGAAAUCUAUCUUGAAUUUCAGCAUUUUCAAUGGUCAGUGAACAUUUUGUGUCAGUUUCUGUCCAAUCAAAUACAGGAGAUCCUAGUUCAAUAUUAGAAAAUUUCUUUAUUACCUCAGACCUUUGACUCUAAAAUCUUGGCCACUCUCUGGGCUCGACACAGUGAUAUAAAGUUUGUAGACUUGAUGUUCUUUUUUCCAAUCAAGCAGUUCAAUAGUUUUAUGGUUAUUGAAUUUAAUUGUUUAAUUGGUUUUUGUAUGAUUUUUAACUAACACAAGAAAUACUAAAUAUGCGAAAUGUGCCAAAUGUUAUGUGUUCAUAAAAUACUAUGCAUGUAAAAAUAUUUUGUGUAUUUGAGAGAACAGUCAUUGCUGUUCAAAAGUAAAUAUAUGAGCAAUUUAUCUUCAAAGGACAUUAAACAUAUCAAGGGCAUUGUGGUAUUAUAAUGAUUUUUAAGACAGACUUGUUUGUAAAUAGUGUAUUUAUUGCUUUUACUAUAUAAGUCUGUUUUAACUUAGAAUUUCUUGUUCUUGCAUAUGCUUGUACAUAUAUUGAGGGUUAAUCGAAAAACUGCAUUAACUUGUAUGAAAUAAAGAAGGAUUUACAAGAGUCUUGUGGUCAACCCUCUGUAUAUUAGAUUAUUAUUACAUUAUUAUUGUAACCGGAUGGUUCUAUAGGGAUGCCUCUUUACAAUGAACUUAUCAAAUAAGUUGGUUUAAGAAUAUAUUUUGGUAACACUUGUGAGUUUAAAUCCUGUCAAGGACGUAUUUUUUCAUGUAAUCAGGCUAUCCAGUUUCGUGACUGAGGGGUUCCAUUUGUUGUGCCAAUUUCAUUUCUCAAUUUUAGAUAUUUACACAUGCAUAUAUAUGUAUGGCCAACUGAAGUCAACAGGAAAUAUUUUUAUGUUAAGGCUGUACAAUAUUAGUGAUAUUACAUUAAUUUUCUUUGACUUUUAUUGGUGAAAGGCAGUAUCUUUGUUACAAGUGAGUGAUAUAAUCUAUAUUUCACUUGUAAGGUUCUGUGUUAAGUUGAUUGACAUUAAAUGAAAAUGGGUCAGUUUGUAAUAUAUGUAAAGUUGAAGAUUUUCAUUUUUAUUUGAGUUUUUCUCAUACACACAAUUAAAGGGAGCUAACUCAAAUAACUUCUUUGGCAUGAAAUCUUAAUGUAAAAUAACAUUUCAAUGAUAAUUAAGUUAGUACAAAACUAUGUUUCCUCCUAUAAGAAAUAGCCUGAAAACAUAAAUGCAUAAAAACAGAAUAUAAAGUAUUGUCACCAUUGUCUGUCAUUUGCUUUUGAUGUUAACUUUUGAGCUUUACUUUUGUUUAAUUAUUCCAACACUGCUGUUUGUGAAUUUUAUUAAGGCCUCAAAUUAUUGACGUUUUAAAAAGAUCUUGUGGAUGUCUUAAGAAAAGUGAUGGCAUAGUGGUUAUGGUGUCUGCCUCGAAACUAAGGAUUAUGGGUUUGAACCUUUACAGGGUCGGGACAAUAUUUUCUCAAAAUUAUAUCAGUAAAAUGAUAGAAAUAAUUAUGAUUUAAGUUCCAGGAAGUAGACUUAAAGCAACAAGAUAUCUUGACAAUCCAGCUUUAUUUGUGAUUUAAGUAUUUGAAAUUUCAUAGAAGGAAGUUCUUUAUGCUCUAUUGUUUGACUUUUUAUGUAAGGUCUCUAGAAGGUUACUGGGUGUGUCUUACUCUAGGACACCAAAUUUCGAACUGUAUAGUAAAGAAUAUAUUAGUCUUGUUUAUAAUUUGUUACUGCUAUGUAUUUAUAUUAAUUGCUCUAUUAUUUAUUUUUCUACAUUUGAAUAAAAAAUUAAAAGAAA